AUGUUCUGCUUGCAGCAUGAUUCCAAAGAUGCCCAAAGGUGCCGCGUGCCACAGACAGCAGGGAGUGCUUUCUACGCAGAAGUCUUACACAGGCCCGUAACAGUUCAGGGUUGCACACACGGUCCUUUUUGUGCACGUUGCAGACGGUCUGUGUCUGCCCAGGUUCUACCAUUCUGUGUGUGCCGUGCUCUGGUGAGUACGUGGCGAGAAGCCGCAUGGCCAGUCACGACUCUCAGGGGAAAGGAGUCUCCGGCCACACCGCAUACCAAACCGACGGUGCAGAUCAAGGCUACGAACGGAGCUGCGCACCAAGGCGCAAGUGGUAACUUCGUUUCUUGGGAUGACUUCCCGGUGAGCAAGCCUGCGCAGGCCGCCAACGGCCACGCACACGCUCUGCACAGCACUAAUGGUUAUUGGAUCCUGCAGGCGCCGGCAAGGUUGAGGCUGCAUCGGGCUUGGUCCUUCGAGAUUCGAGGGGUUCUCUUCGUGCACUUUCUGGCAGGUUGCGAAGAGGCACUGUUGGGUCUUCGGCACAGGGGCAUUCGACAGCUCUCCUGGGUGUUCUUUCUCAUUGGUGCUCGACCUUCGCUCCCAGAUGGCAAUUUCUCAGGUGGUGUCGUUCCUUCCACAAACAAGGUUCAGAGAUGGGACUCCCGCUCAGAGUUACACCGAGUAGAACCAGAUAGAGAACGGGAUCACAAUGCACAAGUGACAGGCGUGGCCAGCGAGAUCCUCGUGCACAGGUUCGGCCUCAGAAGCCUCGGCCCAGGGACCCUGGAGGUCGUGUGGGAGCCCUUGCGCCGCGGCUCAUUUCGAGUGUUGGGCAGUGGGUGGCAGGUGUUGAUACCUGCUCGCGGAAGUCAUGGAGGUUCCAUAUCGGGGACAGCGACAUUGACCAUACAGAUCCAGAACAAGGUGUUUGCCGGAGAAGAUGCUGAGUUGGACGGCGAAGAGUGGCAUCCAUUUGAGGCUGCCUCUGCCGAGAACACAUCCGUGGAAGCAUCAAGCACCCAAGUAAAUCCCACUGCCGAGCCGAGGCCACCGCCACCGCCAGACUUGGAUGGUGGCGCUUUUGAAGAGCCUCCACCGCCUCCACAGGUGUCAUCGUCUGUGCCCAGUUCAAUGAAGGAGGCGAUGAAAGAACCGCCACCUGCGCCCAGUUCUCCUGGGGCUGAUGUACCACGGCAGCUCAUGGACGAGCAUGUUCGAGCACGCAUGCAGUGGAUGGGUGGCAAAGCAGGGCUUCCUGCUAACCACGAUGCAGCCGGCAAGCGACCGAAGCGGUCCAAAGAGAUGUUUGAGGUGGCGCCGGCUGCACCGCCCACAGCGCGAGCAGCUCAAGUAACGGAAGACGCAGCGCAACACAAAGAGAAAGUGGAGCCUUCGCCCCUAGCAAAAGCGCAUACAUCGCCGCCGCCGGUCAAGCUCUCCGAUCCAGUGCUGGAUCCCAAAGUCGCCGCUGCAUGGGGGCUGCCGAGCUUGCAAAGUACCGCACAGUGCUCCGCUGCACAGCUCCCCAAGGUGAAGCUGGGCAGCGACGCGGCAGAAAGUUUGAGGAAAGACCCAAGCCACAAGCAACGGGCUCUGAAGGAAGAGGGCGACAACAGACAACAUGUCAGCCGUGGACGGACAGAAGCUUUGCUGCUCAUGAUGUCCUCUCGAGGAGCGCAAAAGAUCUGA